UGUUUGGCGUGCGCCGUCCCGCCGAUUUUCACUUCAGUCUCUUGGAAGGCACCCCCAUUUACAUUCAUUUUCCUACCCGUUAAAGCGCAACCAGUGCUCCGUAAGCCGAUUCUCUACGCUAUCGGAUUUACCUUGCAAUAUAUCCUCCGUCCCAUCCUCGGCCACGGGUUCGCUAUUUGUUCCGAUACUAUUGACUUCUGCACUUGCGGGUGAACAUCCCGAGGAGCGGUCAAAAUAGAUCGUUCAGGGUGCCCUGGAAUCUGUGGCCCGCAGGCCGCGACCACAGCAACCCUGUCUUUCUCAAGCUUCCGAAAUUCAUUUACUUCCAAUGUCAAUUACCUGAAAAGAAGCUCAGCGGAGGCGUUGCGCAGAUUCAGUUCGGGAGACCUGCAGUCCGAGUGCGAUGAAGGCGAGGUGGAUCCUUACACCGGCCGACCGGCCACCACUAGCCAGCCCAAGCCGCAGAAUCAGAGGCCGGCCUCCCAGGCCACGGGCGGCAGUAUGGGCAGCGGGUCAGCACCACCAGCUCCAAGCGCCGGUAGCGCUGGUGCUAGCGCCGGUUCUGGCGGUGAUCUCUCCUUAAAUCUUCGCGGCGGAUCGCGAGGCACAUCCGCACCAUCUUCCCCGGCCAAGUCAAGGGAGUCACUACUGCAGCGCGUGCAGUCGCUUACAGGCGCUGCACGUGAUCAAGGAGCUAAUUUGUUAGGAAGCGUGACAUCUGUAGCUUCGGUUGGCCGCGGCUAUAACCGCGACCGGUGUGUCACGCUACUAGUCGUUGACGAUCAAAAUACCGAUUGGUCAAAGUAUUUCCGCGGGCGCCGCUUGCCUGGCGAGUGGGAUAUCCGCGUGGAACAGGCUGAAUUCCGUGAAUUGUCUGUGACGGCGAGUUCCGAUGGAGCAAAUGUGUCUAUGGCGGUCUACCGCAGCGGAACUAAAGUAACUCGUUGCUUUAAGCCAGACUUCGUGCUGGUGCGGCAGAACGUCCGCGACGCUGGCGCUGACCACCGAGCACUGCUACUAGGUCUGAAGUUCGGCGGAGUGCCUUCUAUUAACAGCCUUAAUUCCAUCUAUCAUUUCCAGGAUCGGCCUUGGGUGUUCGGACAUUUGCUCCAGUUGCAACGGCGUCUCGGCAGAGAAAACUUUCCACUUAUUGAGCAGACCUACUAUCAUAACCACACAGAUAUGGUAACGGCGCCGAAGUUUCCAGUGGUGAUCAAGAUCGGGCACGCGCACAGCGGCGUGGCCAAGGUGAAAGUGGACUCUUUGGCCGACUUCCAGGAUAUAGCAGGUGUAGUCGCUAUGUUGGGAACGUACUGCACUGUGGAGCCAUAUAUCGACGCUAAGUAUGACAUCCACAUUCAAAAAAUUGGUACCAACUACAAGGCAUUCAUGCGCAAAUCUAUAUCCGGUAAUUGGAAAACUAAUCAAGGAUCAGCAAUGCUUGAAGCUAUUGGCAUGAACGAUAGAUACAAAAUGUGGAUCGAUGAGGUGAGCGAGAUAUUUGGAGGCCUUGAAGUUUGCGCUUUGGAGCUGGUUGUCGGGAAGGACGGUCGCGAACAUAUCAUUGAGCUCAAUGAUUCAGCCACUUCCUUCAUGGGAGAUACUCAAGAGGAGGACCGGCGUUAUCUUUCAGAACUUGUCUUCCAACGGAUGCAGUCGGUGUGCCGACCUGGCAUUACCAAGACUACUUCCCGGAGCUCCGUGUCCGGUAGCGGCGCAGCAUCACCUGAAGACCGCGUAGGAGCGCCGGGUGGUCCACCAAGUGUACCUCCCCCCGUUCCUCUAGCUACUGCCACCAGCAUCGAUCGCCCACUGCCACCAAUACCCGCGGAACCCUCUCAACCGCCACCACCACCGCUCACUCGCCGCGAUUCCCAAGUCUCUCAAUCCUCAACCGUAUCGUCCGCAUCAGGAGCGCCUAGCACGGGCAGUGCAGUCGCGGGUGCGGUUGGCGCACAAGCGCAGACUCAGUCCGCCGCCGGAACAAGCGCACGCGGAGGUUUUGCAAGGCAAGGCUCACUCAGCGCCACGCUUACCGAAGACGCAGAGGACACUAUGAAAAACUUGCGCAAGACUUUCGCGGGAAUAUUCGGAGAUAUGUAACACAGCAGCAGGUCUAUCACACUGGGCGAAUAAAACCGACUCCGAUAACGGUUUUAAGUUUAAUUUGGCCUUUCAUAUGCUAACCUUUGUAAACAGCGGUAUCGACGUAGUUUUCGUGAUCUGAUUUUGUAAAACGGCUUCAA